ACCACCUCCUCUGCUUGUUUAUCUUCCUCGGCGUCGCCAGAUCUGGAGAGCCACCGGGAGGACAACAACGAGCGUGAGAGGCGGCGACCGCGGGACAAGCACUAUCCUCGACCAGAUCGGUGUCCAGCGCAAGUGGCUCGGGGUGGUCGCGGCGGCGGCCUCUUCAGUUUCGCCCAACGAGCUCCACACGCGGGGGAGGCAUCUCCACUGCCCACGCCACCACGCUCCCUCGCCGACGUCGGCCUCAUCGCAAAAGAGGGCUAGCCCACCCAUGCUGCCAAUCAAGUUGCGUUUGGAAGUGAGGAGGGGGGCAACCGCGCCUAGAGGAGGUUGUCCCCCAAUGUCCGGAUCCUCUCAUCGUUGAACUUGCCCAUACAGCAGGUCACGGCCACUGGCUGAAGUCGCCCAGGUUGGCACCGUCCCUGUCGGCCUGCAACUCAUCCUGCCUGAAGACGAGCAGAUAGGUAUCAUGAAGCUUCCUCCUUUCAGGUCAACCAUUUCCCAUUAUGUUUUCCGUUCAAUUUAUGAUUUUGUGGUGAUAUGGACAGAAUCUCCAUCUUUGUUUUUGGAGAUUAUACUUUAUCUAUGGCUACAAGGUGUUUAAUAAUAAUUCAACCAGGCUGUAGAGGUUCGCUCAAUAAUUUUUCCGUUGACAUCCUUAACUAGCUACUAGAGAUGUAUUACUAUAUUAUAUCCAUAUGUUGCAAUUUUCUUAAAUUCUGAUGUUAUGUGCACGAAUUGGAUCACUUCUGUUGGGCCUUCUUGUUGGUUGGUAAUAUACUGAUGCUUUUUGUGUAGGGUUAUUUGGUGUAGCAAGAAUGAUAGAGUUCUAGGCCGAAGCAAAGAAGGGGCAGGGAAAUGGUUGCCUCAUAUGACCAAAACUGAAUAUUGAAAUAAGUAUUUUUUGGGAGUCCAGAUGAGAUAGUAAAAAAUCUGGCUGAGUAGAUCUUGGAAGUUUUAGAAAUCUCUGCUAAAUAAAGUGGAUUCUUCGCCACUGCCCUAUCUGGAGGGCCCCUUGUCAUUUUUGCGGCAAUGAUUUUUCUAUUCUUUGUUAGCCAUAUGCCAUAUUUGUUUCUACACACUGAUUUCCAAUACAGUAUGCUUUAUUACAUUUGAAGUAUCUUGUUUUUAGUUUAUGAAAGGAAACUUUGUGAAGCAUCGUACAACAAGACCCUGGAUUGGUUUAAAUGGUAUAUAUUUUGGUCUGAUGAAUGUGCUAUAGCAAAGAACCCAUGCAAGCAGUAACUGUAAGUUAACAAAAGAAGGAUUUCUAUCAAAGCUAUGUGGACUUUAGGAGGAAAUUCGCAAUACAAUCUAGAGCAAAACUACAGAGGAUUUCCAUGGGUUUUCCCCUCAAGAUUUUGCUUGUUUUGCACCUAUUAGUUUCUGGAUAUUUGUUGCGCGAGUUUUAUUUUACACUAUGCUUAUGAGAUGAGAGUUAUACCUUGCAUGCUAUCCAUGAUACAUAAUGUUGUUUCUUCACACUAUUUCUGUUAAAACCUACACUUGUUCAGUAUAUGAAGUCAAGUAGCCAAUAGCAAUAUGGUCAUUCAGGUUUUCCUUUUUUUCUUGUAGUAUAUGAAGUGCAUAUAUUUUUAAAUCAUUACAUUGAUGUCGCCGACAGUGCCGCCAUACAUGUUCCUUCCGUCGUUGUCGUCUGAAGGUAGAUAAAAUGCUUGAUCAGAUGAUCCCAAGCCUCUCUCUCUCUCAUCAAAUUUGAGAACAUGUUUUCAGGUCUUACAACAUAUAUAUCACACGGUCAUCUAUUAUUGUGGUCAUAAUUUGAUCUCAUGACAGAAAUUAAAUGAAGGGGGGCAACUGGUUGGAGGGGGGAAACAAGUAAUAUAUUUUCUUUCCUUUAUUUGCACCCUCUAAAAGGUUGCCAUUUCCGUGGUAGGUUGGAGAGUAACCAAGGUAUGUAUAAGAUAACAAUGGGUUUGCUAGACAAAUAUGGUCCUGACAGAGCUCUCGAUACACCAAACACAUAGGUUAUAAACUUAAACCCUUAAAGCAAUCAUUCGCAAAUGUUCGUAAGUUGUAAGAUUUGUGUGAUAAGUUUUGGAGUUUAUGUAGUGCCAAUAUGCUUUCCUUUUGUUCAAGCUAGUUUUACUAGCAUUGGUGUGGUGUUGUCUACCAAGGUUAGACUUGUCGUAUAGUUCAUGACAUUUAACUUCCCGAUGCAUAGUUAUGAGAUGAUAGUCAUUUCACUUUCAAAAUUUACUUAAAAUGCCAGUUUAUUGAAUAACCUCAUCAUAUGGUUGCGUUGAUUUUCUCACUGCUAGUGUUCUAAGCAGCUUAAGUUACGGUGGUUGUGCUGACACUAUGUACUUCUUGGAAGGAGGGCCUGAUGCAUGAAAAGAUAUAUUAUGCAUAAUACUAUAAUUACUGCAUAGAAAAUCUUUGCGUUAGUGACUGCAUUCACCAACUAACCAUCUUGUAUUGUCAGAAGCCAUUCAUGUGGUAUCAUUUGCUAAGAAGUGUUGAAAACGCUAAGGAAGAUGACGAGAGCUUGAUGAUGAUAUUGGGGUCAAUUAAAUUAAUCAGGCAACACUUAUUUGUUACUCCCCGUUUCAUAAUAUAAGAUGUUAUUACAACCUAUUACCACAAAUCCUCCUGUUCUGUUCGACAACAACUGUGAUGGAACCGUUGACAUGAGGGAGAUCCUUUGCAGACUGUCCAGUCCGAGGAACUCGCGGGGCGAUGAUGCUCUGGGCUCUACUUUUAGGGGUUUUGAUUAUUCUAAGAACAACCUUUUGGAGUUUGGAUUACUCUGAGUAAUUAUUAUAGGAGUUGGGAGUGCUCUGCAUGCCCUGCUACGACUGCUUGCACUACAUGAGUCACCCAGCGCAGGUUUAUCAGGUGCAUUAAGCCAAGUGAAACAAGACACAAACAAAUCAGUUAUUAGUAUACAAAGCCAACAUAUUAGCAACACAAGACGAAUUUAAUGCACACACCCAACAUUGCAACACAAAGAAACACUCUCACGAGGCUCGCAAUGGCGGCCCCAAUUACUAGUGAUGCACCACUGAUCACGAGGGAGGACAAAAGAGAAAAAAGAAGGCAUCGACCACGCGUAGGGUCAUCCGGUGACGAACCGUGCACACUUGUGGCAAUCUUGGCUCGCACGAAACGUCGACGUCGCCGCGCCCGACCUGGCCACCCAAAUCCAAGCACGCAACUCCCCGCUGGGAUCCCCUGCGCCGGACGGGCGCAGCACCCCGGCAGAGCCCACCACUCGUACGACUCCACGCGUCCCCGGGCACGCGCACGAGCCCACCCAUCCCCCGCACCGCCACGCGUCCUCUCCGCCUCCCCUUUAUACCGCUCUCACGAACGCCUCUCCAACCUUCUCUUCCCUCUCUCUCCUCCGUCCCCUUCCCUCCUUCCAUCUGACGCGCGGGGCCCACCCGUCAAUCUCCGUCGCCCUCCCCCGCCGCCGCCGCUCGCCGGACGGCAGGGCCCGGCCGCGAGGGUUCCCGCGGAUUCUCCACGCCCGCCUCCCGCCUCUGCCGCCGCAGCCGUCGCCGAUCCGGGCCGAUCGCGGCGUCCGUCCGUCUCUAGGGUUUCGCUCCUCGCGGCCCCUCCGAGGCCGUCCGAGAGAUCCCGAUCUCCCAGGCCUGGACGCGCCAGGCUCACGUCCCGGCGAUCGGCGACGCUCGAUUCGGACCCCCGGCGAGGGGCGCAAGCUCGAGGGGAGAGGCCAUGGCCUCGAGCCUGCUCACCACAGACAAGAGAUGGGCUGCUCCUACAAGGAAAUCUGGCAUGACUGUUCUUGGAAAAAUCCCAAAGCCCAUUAAUUUGCCAAGUCAGAGGUUGGAAAAUCAAGGUCUUGACCCCAAUGUGGAAAUCGUUCCAAAGGGCACCCUCACAUGGGGCAGCAAACCAGGACCUACAACACCAAAUGCAUGGAAUUCCUCGUCACUUCUAUCUCCCAAGAAGGAUGGAAAUUCUGGUGCACCAAGCCAAUUCAAUGGCCGUCCCUCUUCCGGUGGAGGUUCAAGGCCCUCAACAGCUGGAAGUGAAUCUCUUGACUCUCCUAAUGCUUGGGGUCCAAAUUCUCGACCGUCCUCAGCAUCUGGCACAUUACCAUCACAAAAUGUACCAGUGGUCACAAAUCGUCCUCGAAGUGCAGAGACAAGACCAGGAAGCUCACAGCUUUCUCGGUUUGCAGAUAACCCCUCAGAUAAUAUGAAUGUAUCGAUAAGGACUGUUGACAGAUCGGGAUCUUCACAUGGGCAUGCGUUUACUCUAAGUACCGGUGAUUUCCCAACACUUGGUUCUGAGAAAAUCUCUGAAUCAAACAGUCAACGAGGUCAUAGUUCAAAAGGGCGCCCAACUUCUAGUUCUGGCAAAGAUGGAACCCAAAAUGAUACGGGGAAGAGCCUAUCUGCUGGAUCUGGCGAAGUAGUUCGACCACCUAAUAAUCAACCAGCAGAUAUCAUGAAGACAGAUCAGCAGGCACAUGAUGGAAGUGCUCCCUUUCCUGCCACAGGUCCUCCAAAUGGAGCUCAGCAGCCACAGCCAUACCCUCCUAACUAUUGUAUGCCCCCUCCGCAGUUUGAUUCAUGGCGUGCACCUCCUGGCCACCCACCUGAGGGAAUGUGGCAUAGAGGACCAGGUGGCCCAUACAGACCAGUUGGUCCCUCUAGCAAUUUCCCUGUGGAACCAUUCCCUUAUUAUGGUCAGUUCCCACCCAACUCAGAAGCAGCUGCAAGGCAGGGCUCAGGGCAUGGUGGAUAUCACUCGAAAAAUGCCGAUGCAUAUCAUUCUAUGACUCCUACUUCGUAUGUUAUGAAUCAACCUGUUAUUCCAGCCAGGCCAGUUUACCAGGGCCCAAUCCCUUAUGAUGGAUAUUAUGCUCCUCAACGGCCAAAUUUUAAUAAUGCCAAUGUAAGAGAUUCACCAUUCAUUGGAGGCCCUCAUCAACCAGGAAUAUUGAAUCAAUUUCCCAAUCAGAAUGAGAAAUUCCAGCCUGGACAUUCUCCGAGCAGAGCAGUCAAACACGAAGCAAGUCCCAAGGAGCUCUCCGAAUCUGAUAGAGUACAGUUGAUUUGUCGAGGACAAACUAGGAUUUUGCAUGAUAACCCUGAUCGUUUAGUGGGUCCUGGUGAAGUUGAAAGGAAGAGUCAGCCUGCACCACCACUUCUUCCACAUCCAGAUGGAAAUCGAAACGAUGUAAACACAAAGGCAGAUACAAGGAAUACCCCUAGUGAAAGGAACAUGGUGCUUAUGAAGUCAGUGCAUGAUAACAGAGGUCCUAAUCGUACAAGCCAUUCGUCUGUUUUGGAAAAUGCACAUUCCCAUCCCAGGGAAACUGAUGAUGGCGCCCACCUGAAAAAGUUAAAGGAGGAUAAUCUUCCGCUUGAUCAGCAACCUAUCAUUAAGAAGAAUGCAGCUUUGAUAGAGAAAAUAGGGAGUUUGAACAACAAAGCUAGAAAUGUUGAUGCACGUAAUGUUGCAGAAGCAUUUUCAAACAAGGAAAUCAAAGAGAAGCAGCUAAAAAAUGCUGAUUCAAAAGCAGAUCGGGUGAUAAAAGAUGUUCCAUCUACUCCUGCCAUCACUGCUUUUGCUUCUGCUUAUGGCCAGGCAGCAUGUGUUUCUCCUCGUUCUCCUGUGGUACAGAAACUGCAGAAGGGACCUAAUGAUGGCGGGGUUGUUGGACCGCUACACUCACAUUUUGCUGAAGCCAGCAAGUCUGGAAAGCUGGGUGUAUCAACUCAUGAUCGCACACAUAGGCGGGCUGAUUCUUCAAGAAAUAGCCACCAUGGUCCUGCUAAAGACAUGCCACCCAACAAUACUACAGGACAUGGGCGGGGAGAAAAUUAUGCAACUGAAUCUUUGCCAGUAGUUCAAGUGAGGAAUAGUCAGCAUGACCAGCCUCCGGAGCAUGUUUCGCAGCUGCCACCUGAUGAUAUGCCAGCUUCACCUGAUUAUGAAUCUCAGCGUGUAAAAAUGAGGGAGUUGGCUGUACAGCGUGCCAAACAAUUGCAAGCUGAGGAAGAAGAGCGGACAAAGCGACAAAAGGCAAAAGCUCUUGCAAAAUUGGAGGAGCUGAACAAACGUUCAUCAGUACAUCAGAAGGAUUCCAGUGAUCCACCACCAGAAAAUGACGACGUGCGUAAUAAGCAAAAGGCUGGAGUUGAUGGGACUACUGAACCUGCGUCUUCAACUGCUGAAUCACAUGAUGUUACUGUAUUGGAUAAUGUUAGUAUUCUUCAGCCACCGAAUGAACCCAAGGAUACUGCAGUUCCUGCACAGCCCAUGUCCACUCUACUACAUACUGAGGGAACAGGUAAAGAUCCUUCUGGUCAUAACACUUCAACCUCAGGCAUGAACACACAGAGCAACAUGACGGAGCAUAUAGCACAUAAAAGUAUAUCACUGUCACAUGAUGUCAGUGUUCCAAAGCCUAGGCAGGGCAACAGAAAAAGGCAUGCUGUUUCAGAGGAUAAAAUUCUUGGUGAGAAGUCAAGUGUGGCAGUAAACACAGAAAAUGUUAAGAAAGCUGUUGAGGUUUCUUUGGACACAUCAACUGCUGUUGUUACAUCACAUGAUGAUCCCCCAGCCCACAGCAAGAAGAGUGCCAGGAACUCGAGAAAUAAGAAAAAAGUUGAUGAUGCUCCUGCUACUUCUAAAUAUCCACCCAUGGUUCUUGGUCAGCAGAAUACACCAGGCAUCUCCAGUGAGCCAAAAAUAAAAACCGCUGGCGUUAUCAUUAGUAGUUCUAUACUUCCUGCUGAAAACACCGUGCUUACUGUUGGAAGUAUAACCGUGGGUGGUAUUUCAUUUGGAUCUUUCAACCAGGAGCGCCUGAAAUUACCAGAGGAAGCUCAGAGCACUGCAAAUAGCCGCCCAAAACCUCAGCAAGCAAAAGGAUCAAAAAAGAUUCAACAUGCUAUCCGACCUGUCGAGAAGCCACAUGGGAAUGAGAGUGUUGUCUGGGCACCAGUUAAGCCAUCAGGGUGGAAUGAACCAUCUGAGGAAGCUAACGUAGCAGUAGCAGCCAGGCCUAAGCCAAUUGGAAAGGGCACCACCGAUGGGGAGAAUGUCACACGAACUAAGAGAGCUGAAAUGGAAAGAUAUGUGCCUAAGCCACUGUCCAAAGAGCUUCAACAGCAGAAUUUGGAACAAAAUUUACCUGUAGAAAAAUCCUCUGUGGAGAACAAGAGUAAUGAUAAUGAGAAGUUAACCGCUGCUAAAGAGCCCAAGAAAUGGGAGGACAGAAAAACUAGUAAAGGGCAUGGGAAGUCUCAUUCUUCUUGGCGCAGAAGGAAUACAGAUGACUCAUCUUCGGUGGUACCAAUACCUUCUGAGCGAGCAGACAGCUAUCAAGAAUCACACGAAGUUCAGAGGCCUUCUGACAAGCAUCCGCAGCUUGAACCUGACAAGCAAGCAGAUUAUGCUGCCGGGAAUAGUUUGGCUCCAGCUGAAGCAGUUGAGUUACCUGCCAGCGCCGCAAAAGAACAUGCGGCAGCUAACAGGCAAAGGAGGCAGCAUGUUAAGGGCCCAAAAAACGAGGCAAGUAACUACUCAAAUGAGAACAGAGAUGGCAGGAAAGAUGUGAAUCACAUGUCAACACGUGGAAUGGAUGCAAACUCUUCUGAACAUAGAAACAUGUCAAAACCUGAGGUGAAGAGCAGCGCAGCACACUCUAGAGCACACUGGAAACCAAAAUCUUCACAUUCCCAGAAUAACUCACAGGGCAAUAAUACCACUGAAGGUCAGGUGGACAGUGCUACUCUGCAAGACAGCAGCAAUCGUAAUAGUAAUCAAGGUAAAGGUGACAUGACAAAUGUUGAUGAGAACCAGAAGGGUGAGAGUCAUGAAAAUGCAGAACAGCAGCAGCUUAAUCAUGCAACCCGUCGCCAGGGACAGCACAACGGGAGGUAUCACAGGGGAAGCAGCGCGCACAGGGGAAGGGGUUAUGAUGCUGGGCAGCCAAGCCAUGGCGCAAAUGCAGAAAGGCGGAAGGGUAGCACUCAUCUUGAAUACCAGCCAGUUGGCUCCAACAAACCCUCAGACUUCCAGCAGAACCCAAGUGCCGAUGGACAAAGUGCAGGGCCUCCAGCUCCAGGACCGGUGUACAGGGAGCGCGGCCACAACAGGGGCCACCGCCCGCCUGGUGGUCACUUUGUCAAGCGGAAUCCUGCCCCUGCCCCAGCCCCGGCUCCAGCUCCUAAUUCCUACCGAGAAGAAUGAUCUUCCCUUGCCCCCAUGAUUGUUGAGAUUUAGGAAUGUCGAGUCAUUCACAACAGGUUGAAUGUUUCUGGCAGUGGCGAGGCGGUCGUCGGUCUGGGUCACCAGUAGGUUGUAAUGUUUUUUUUGUUCCCAGGGCUUUUGGGCCUUAGCGUGUGAUUGUUAAUUUUUCCGAAGGACAUCCCUUGCUUCGGUGAGAUGUGAUGCUUUAAUUGUACUAACGGAGUUGAUUAAGUACUGGGACGUGAAAAUGCUAGUAGUGUUUGCUAACGGGAACAGAAGCGUUGUUUUUCUACUUAUUUGUUGGUAUUCGGUACAUGAAAGUUGUUGUCAUGUUGUGUUUCCGUUGACUGGAAGAUAGGUUUGUCAGGAAUAAUUGACUUCUUUUGUACAAUAUGGUUACAACGAA